AUGCAGAGAGGGGCCGUUACUAAGAGCGCGGCGCCCGGCUUCACGCCCGAAGACGCGGUGCUGGCGUCCGUCGGCAUCGUCAAGUGCGGCGCGGAGCGCGGCCUGCUGCUGUCGGAGAGCAUGUGCCUGGCCCUGGAGGAGCUGGUGCGGGCGUGCUGCGUGGAAGAUGAAGGUGCCCCUGUGAUUAUGGUGUGUGGUCCAAAAAACGUUGGGAAAUCAACGUUUAACAGAUACCUAAUUAACCUGCUACUGAACCACCUUCCCUCCGUUGAGUAUCUGGAAUGUGAUAUAGGUCAAACUGAGUUUACACCACCUGGAUGUGUGUCUUUAACUAACGUAACGGAGCCAUUUCUUGGGCCGCCGUUCACUCAUCAGCGCACGCCGCGUAAGAUGGUGUAUUACGGACAGACGAGCUGCGAGCAGGACUCCGAAAGAUACUUCGAUGUAGUGAAGUACGUGUUCAACUCGUACAAGAAGGAAGUGCCCUUGGUCAUCAACACCAUGGGCUGGGUGAAAGGCGAGGGGUUGCUGCUGCUGACCGACCUGAUUCGGCUGCUGUCGCCCAGCCACGUCGUGCAGAUGGACGUCAGCGACUGGAGAGCCAUGGCUCCGCUGAGCGCCGAGGCCGUGCGCGUUGCCCCUGGCCUGUACACGAAGGGCCAGCAGCAGCCCAAGAGCAAGCAGGUGGGCGCGAGCGGGCCGGAGGGCUGGAAGGCCCCCGACGGGGACGGAGACGCGUCGGCUCCCGACUAUAAGUUGCUGUAUAUCCAUCCGGAAUUCCCUCGAGCGGGAGCUGCGGGUGAAGCGCGGGUGCACAGCAGUAUCCUACGUGACAUGGCAAUCCUGGGUUACCUUGGCCAGCUGCAGCCCGCAGGCUUGAGCUCGGCACUCCCACUGCAUAGUCUUGUGCCGUAUCAGGUGCCUUUUAAUGCUGUUGCACUCAGGGUUAUCCACACCGACGUCGCUCCUACCAACAUCAUGUACGCCGUGAACGCCAGCUGGGUCGGCCUGUGCCAGAUACCGGACGCCAUCCGAUCCCAGACGGACGGGCCGGUCCUGCUGACGCAGACGCCGCUCUGCGACUGCCUUGGCUUCGGAAUUGUCCGUGGGGUUGACAUGGAGAGGAAGCUCUACCACAUUCUGACACCAGUUGCUCCUGAGAACCUGAGGCUGGUGAACUGCCUGCUGCUUGGGAAUAUCGCUGUUCCCAACUGUGUUCUUGUGAGCCAGCAAGGAAUUGAGGGAGAGAUACCUUAUGUCACAUCGGAAUAUAAUUACACCAUCUUGGGAUCUGGGAAGCUGAAAAAGAAGAAGCAUUUCAAGAGAAGGGAGCACACGUUCCCGUGCGACUUCACCUAG